AUGUUCGGCCGUGUUGUGCUGACCCAGGCUGGGACCUCCCCCAAGCAGCCAGGUUUUAGUCGGGAUAUUUGGGAUGGGAAUUGCGGGACCCCGAGCCUGGCACCCCCCCUGUUCCCAGCGUUGGGGGGGGGUCAGCAGGGCCCGGCCCAUCACAGAGGGGGAUUUGCUUUGUUGGCAGUUUGUCCCCCCACCCUCUUCUCCUGCUCUGGCAUCACCGAUUCCCCCUCCCCAAAUUCCUUUUGGAGUUGUGCUUCGUGUUUUGGGGGCUCAGAUCCAACCCCCGAUCCUUGGGGCUGCUGGAGCUGCACCUUCCCAGCGUCCCAGCCCUGGAGAAGGGCUGGAUGUUCCUUGUCCUGGCCCUGGAGAAGGUGGCCAAGGGUGGGGUUUUUGUCCCUACUUACCCCCGAGGCCGGUGGGGCUGCACCUUCCCAGCGGCCCAGCCCUGGAGAAGGUGGCCAGGGGCUGGAAGUUGGUUGUCCCAGCCCCAAAGGUGGUGGCCAAGGGCUGGAAGUUGGUUGCCCCAGCCCUGGAGGAGGUGGCCAAGGGCUGGAAGUUGGUUGCCCCAUCCCCAAAGGUGGUGGCCAAGGGCUGGAAGUUGGUUGCCCCAUCCCCAAAUGUGGUUGCCCCAUCCCCAGAGGUGGUGGCCAAGGGCUGGAUGUUGGUUGCCCCAUCCCCAAAGGGGGUGGCCAAGGGCUGGAAGUUGGUUGCCCCAGCCCCAAAGAUGGUUGCCCCAUCCCUAGAGGUGUUGGCCAAGGGCUGGAUGUUGGUUGCCCCAUCCCCAAAGGUGGUGGCCAAGGGCUGGAAGUUGGUUGCCCCAUCCCCAGAGGUGGUGGCCAAGGGCUGGAAGUUGUCCCUGUGGCACUGGCAGGUGUGGGUGUCACACAACCAGGUCCCCUCUUCCCUUUGAAGCAGUUCCCGAGGGGCUGAGGAGCAGCGAUGGGGCUCUGGGUGCUAAUUACCGCCUCAAUUAACGCCCCCUCUCCAUGAAGCCACAGCCCCGAGCCCAAAUCCCCCUUCCCCUCUUCUGGCCACAGCUUCGGAGCAGAAUUCCCUGCCCCGGCCCCCACCACGCCAAACCAAAAAAUAAAAAACCAAUCCAGAAACGCCCCAAAUUCCCCCUUUUCCCCCCAAAUCCAGCGCCUCGGGGCUGGGCUUGUCUCUGACCCCAUCUCCGCGCUCCCGCCCGUCCCUUCCCCUCCCGGCUGCCACCUGGAGCUUGGACACCGGGAUCGAGGGGAGCCCCAGGGGGACCCCCGACCCCAGGGAGCCCCCAAAUCCAGGGGGAGCCCCACCUCCCGCAGCCUGGGUUUUAUUGCAUGUUCUAGCAAGGUGCAUGUCCAAGGAGGGGAGUCGGCAAUGGGGCGGGUGGUGGGUUGAGUUCAAGCUUCAUUUUCUUUUUGGGAUUGGGAGAACCCCUCUGGCUGCCUCUGGCACAGAUCCCGCCUGGCCAGGGGGGCUGGCAGGGACGCACAUCCCACCAAACCUCGGCCAGGGAGGACCUGAAGCCCUCCAGGGGUGCAGUGAUGCUGAUUUUAGGGUUCUCGAUGCUGAAAGGAUCAUACGCCCGUUGCCUGGAGACUGCCUCCUUUUUAAUUUUUAUUUUUAUUUCUUGCUUUUUUUUUUUUUUUUUUUUUUUUAGUUCUGUUGAAAGGAGAAAAAAAAUGGUGAAAAUGUUAUUUAUUGGCAGAAAUUAUUUAAUAUAAUUUCUUUUUUUUUUUUUUGUGAAACAAGGAAUGAAUUUGUUAGAACUGUCUCGAUGUAAAUCGGAGUCAUCUUUAAGGAGGAAAAAAAAGAUAAAAAAAGUUAAAAAUUGACACAGUCA